AUGACAGAAAAUUUUGUUGGUCACACUUCCCUUGCUCAAAAACAUGGAAAGACUAGACAGGUCUUAGCUGAAGUCCCUGUCAAUAGUAACAACCGCGAUUCCCUUUUGAAAAGACAGAUAUCAAGGACUCCAUCAAGUGUUGUCACGAAGAAAAGAUCAUUUACUGAAGUGGAGGAAACAAGAAUAUUCAAUGAGCACAAAAGAGUAAAAUCAAAUAUUGAAAGAACGAAAACCCUAGUUUCAGUAUCAGAAUAUUCGUCAGAUAUCUUCUCGCAUUUACUAUCACGAGAAGCUUCCACUAUUCCAACUUUCAAUUAUUUAACAGAUAAUGAAUCUAUUUAUCACUUACGUCCAUCUAUGAGAUCUAUACUGGUGGACUGGUUAGUCGAAGUACAUGAAAAAUUUAGAUACGUUCCAGAAACGUUACUGCUGGCACUGAAUAUCCUUGAUAGAUUUCUUUCAAAAAAUAGAGUUAAAGUAUCAAAAUUGCAAUUAUUAGCUAUAACGUCCUUAUUUAUCGCCGCUAAAUUCGAAGAAGUAAAUCUUCCAAAACUUUCAAAUUAUGCAUAUAUUACCGAUGGAGCAGCUUCGAUGAAUGAUAUCAAGGAAGCUGAAAUUUACAUACUGAAGUCUCUGGAAUUCGAACUUGCUUGGCCCAAUCCUAUGAAUUUUCUAAGAAAAUUCCACGAAGCUGAAAACGAUGACACAACAGAAAAUAUGAGCCAGUUCAUCUUAGAAUAUGCUUACUGUUGUCCAAAAUUUGUCCACUUGAAACCAUCAACGAUAAGCUCUAUGUCCAUGAAAAUAACCAAGAGAAUACUCAAAAAUAAAAAGAAACUUACAUCAAUAUGGAACGAUAAGCUUGAUUCUGAAGCGGGAAACAUUGAUUCUGAACAGGAUGAAAGUUUUAUAAAAAAUUGCAACACACUUAUAAAAGAAAUUGCUAAUCCAUCUACAGGUUUAGACUCCCUAACCAGAAAGUAUCAAGGCAGAGAAUCGAAGAAUGUCUACCUUGUUGUCCACACAUGGUGUCUAGAAGAAAACAAUGUCCUAAAGAGAAAAGAGGACACCUAA